CCGGCUUGUUGCGUCUCGUAGGAGACGGCGGUGGCUGGAGGCAGAAUGGCGUCUGUCUCCUGUGACCUAUGACGGCUCUUGCGGAGCCCCGCCCACUGGCUUCAGGAAGACGGACAGGUGGUGACUGAAGAGAGAACACCAUGAAAGAUAAAGAAAUAAAGAGGCUGCUUUUUGCCAAUGUCAUCACUAUAUUUUUCAUUAUUCUCACAACUGUCAUUCCUGCUUUGUUUUUGGAGAACUUUUCAAUCUUGGGAACACAUCUGACAUGGUUGUGCAUCUGUGCAGCGAGUGUUGGGACUGUAAACAUCAUUUUGCAUAUCGUUCUUAAACCAAAUCCAUCGACUAGAAGAAGUUCCCUUGCCCACAAAGUUGCGAGGUUCCUAAGAUGCUGUGUGUACUUCUUCAUGUCUUGCAUCCUAUUCCACGGAAUCAUCGUCCUUUAUGGAGCACCGCUAAUAGAGUCCGUCCUGGAGACCUUCUUAUUUGCCGUUCUGCUCUCCACAUUUACUACUCUGCAUUGUUUGUGCUUGUUGGGGCCAAACAUCCAAAUGUGGCUCAGGGUGUUCAGUAAAAAUGGGGCUAUGUCCAUCUGGGAUAACAGUCUGCAGAUUACAACCAUGUGCAGCGUGGUGGGAGCAUGGUUUGGAGCAUUUCCCAUUCCCCUGGACUGGGAUCGCCCGUGGCAGGUGUGGCCUAUUUCUUGUUCACUCGGAGCCACCUUUGGCUACGUCGCUGGCCUCCUCCUGGCACCUUUGUGGAUCUACCGGAACAGGAAGCAGCUGACGUACAAAAGCAGAUAACUGGCGCAAGGGGAAAAGGCGGUUGUGUCGUUGUGCCGCUCCUGUAAAGACUGCGCAGCAGAGACGAUGGUCAAAGCGGAAGGGCGGUCCAGACAGCUUCAAAGCAGUGUCAGCCUUCGCUCCUCCUCACAGCAUGGCUUGAGGGUUGUGGCAACGUGAUGAUGCAUCUGUCGCUUGUCCUAAAUUGUGUUACCCCUGAGAGAUGGUUCUUUCCUUCCAGUCUGAAUAAAGUAUUUGUAACAGA